AUGGCAGCUAACGCCCUUUGCGCGUCUCACGCAGCCGCCGGCGCUGUGUCGUUCUCCGAGGCGGCCCACACAUCAUCGCGCAGAUCCGCAGUCCCACAGCUCGCGCCCGCAUCCUUCGCUUCCUUCCAUGGGUUGAAGUCCGUGUCCUCAACCACGGCUCCCGCCAAUCCCCUCCGCGCCAUCUUGUCCGCGCGGGCGUCCACAAUUCCAGCGGCAGCUUCCCGCCAAACCGUUUCCCCCGUGGCUUCUGCGGAGAUCAAGGUUGCGCUGCUUGGCGCGGCAGGAGGGAUUGGACAGCCUCUGUCACUGCUCCUCAAGAUGUCGCCUCUCGUGUCGGAGCUACGCCUGUACGAUAUCGCCAACGUCGCAGGCGUCGGAGCUGACGUCAGCCACUGCAACACGCCCGCAAAGGUGAAGGCUUUCAGCGGCCCAGAUCAGCUGGGCGCGGCACUGGACAGUGCAGAUCUCGUCAUCAUCCCCGCGGGCGUGCCGCGCAAGCCCGGCAUGACGCGCGACGACCUGUUCAACAUCAACGCGGGCAUCGUCAAGAAGCUCGUCGAGGCCGCCGCGGACCACUGCCCCAAGGCCUGGAUCAACAUUAUCACCAACCCCGUCAACAGCACCGUCCCCAUCGCCGCGGAGGUUCUUAAAUCGAAGGGCGUGUGGGACCCGCGGAAGCUCUUCGGAGUGACGACGCUCGACGUGGUGCGCGCGAACACCUUCCUCGCGGAGCUCAAGGGGCUGAGGAUGAUCGACGUGGACGUGCCCGUGAUCGGCGGUCAUGCCGGGGCCACCAUCCUGCCGCUGCUGUCCAAGGCGAAGCCGUCCGUCACGCUGACGGAGGACGAGGCGGCCAAGCUGACGGUUCGCAUUCAAAACGCUGGCACGGAAGUGGUUGAGGCUAAGGCAGGAGCCGGCUCUGCCACCCUCUCCAUGGCCUACGCUGCCGCGCGCUUCGCGGAGUCGUGCAUGCGCGCCAUGGAUGGCGAUCCCGACGUCUUCGAGUGCACCUACGUCGCCUCCGACGUGACGGAGCUGCCGUUCUUUGCGUCGCGUGUGAAGCUGGGGCGCGAGGGACUGGAGGCGUUCCUGCCGUCGGAGCUGGAGGGGCUGUCGCCCGCGGAGAAGGCGGGGCUGGACGCUAUGGUCGCCGAGCUCAAGGGCAGCAUCGACAAGGGCACCAAGUUCGCCACCCAGGCCCCCGAGCCCGCCGCCCAGCCCGCCACCAAGUGA